AUGGGAGACGAUGCUGCUCGCGCCUUGCACGGCCCCUCCAGUAGUAAUGGCUGACUGGUGACACCCAGAUACGGCAAGUGUGAAUAGCUACCCGUUUCGUCGAACCCCAAGGAAGGAUAUAUUAUUUCCACGCAGAGGAUAAUCCAGCAAGAUGAGAGAUGGCAGUAGACCCAAGGUGUACAAGAAUCUUCGUGGCAGCCAAAGUUCAGGAAUUAAUUCACCAUUGGUGGAAACUGCAACUCGGAGUCUCACACAGGCUCCAUUACCCGCACUCACUCGUUCCCAAGCUGUCACUACUACCUACAUGCCAGUGCUUCAGACUGAAACUCUCCAGCAAGCAUCAACCUUGUCUCAGGCUCACUCACAAGUCCAGGAACAGACUAAUAAUAUAGAAUCACACAGACACAUCCAAGCACAGCCUCAGUCACUCAUUCAUACUCCUGCCCAGUCAGUCACACAUGGUGAGACUAUCAACUGUACUCAGUCACAGACACUGAUACAGGUGACACCCAGAGUUCUUACCCAGGCUCUUGUAUACUCACAUCCUCAGGUGCUUCCUCAAGUGCAUAUGAGCACACAGUCAGAGAUACACUCAUCACAGGUACAGUCCCAAUCACAUAUGCACACUCAUUUGCAAGUUGCCACACAGUCUCAAGUUUUCACAUCAACACAGCUACAAACUCAUACCCAGGGAAGCACACAGAUAAAUAAUAUGGCAUCAGUAUGCACACAGUCACAAGCAAAUCUUCCACUGCCUCCUCAGGUACUGACACAGUCACAGAUUUAUCCACAUUCACAAUCACAGGUACAUACACAAGUACCUACAUCACAAGUACUCACUCAGGCACAAAUGCACACUCAACCACAGACACAUACCCAAACUCACAUCCACAUACAGCCACAAGUACACACCCAUGCUCAGGUGCAUGCACAUAGUCAUACACACAUGCACUUACAUUCAGACUCCCAGCUACAGGUGGAGUCUACUCCCUCAACAGAAACCCACAUUCCUGUCCAGUCUCAGCUGCAACCUUUGCCUAUUCAAGCACAGAUACCAGCACUAUCUCAAGUUUCACUCUCCAGCACUCUCCCCAACUUAGUAGACACUCCACAGAUUGAGAAUUCAUCACAGAAGAAUUCGGAAGGAUUAGAAGUUGUUCACAUCCCUGUUUCAAGACAUCUUAAUUCUUCUUCUUCUGCCAAUCUCCAAGAGCUCCACUCAUCUGUCACUAUGAAUGAUGUGCUUUCCAGUAAUUCGCACACACAACUCAUGCAUACUCUUACUGCAUUUCCUUUGACAGAUACACUGAAUAAUUCCAUCAAUCUUCAGCAGAAUAGUGCAACUCUCUCACCAGCUCUUACUCAUUCUCUUACACAAAGUCAAAUCCUGGAUGCUCUUAGUGUAGAGAGAGUGCUUUUGCCUUCCAGAAGUAACUUGGGACAGGCAAUAGGUAGUGAGGAACGUACAGUGGAGAUGAAUGAUUUGUCUACAAUUCAAGAACAGGAAAACUUUACUUCUUGUCCAGAGCAACCAGGUUCUUCAUCAGUUGUACCCUCAGUUAAGGAAUCAGAAGUCUCUAAGUCUAUAGAUGCCUCCAAUCUUUGUACUUCACAGAUAAAUUCCCACCAGAUAAGUGCACCACAGUUGGGUAAUUUGCAUCUUUUAGCAGAGAAUGAUGUUGAUGCUUCUCUCUCUGAGAAGGUCUCCACUGCUACAACUACCACCUCAUCAAUAAUUGCUUCUAAUCGCAUGUUAAAUAAACUCCUGGACACUACCAAGCCUCACAUUCCAUCCCAGGUGAGCAAGGCAGCGGAGAUAGCACAUCUUGUCCCCAACCCUACUGCUCGACUCUCUUCCAGCUCUUCUGCUCGCUCUGGGGAAAUAGAAGAUGGUACAGAAAUAGCUUUCACUGUUUCUAGCUGUGGCUCAAAUUCACUUACUUCAACUUGCAGCUCUAUGGCCAGCAUGUGUACAGUUACUACCAGUGUGACUGGAGCUGGUGGAGGAAUAGGAAACAAGGCAUUGUCAUCUUCAUCUAAUGAUAGUAUCUUCAAUUUGCCAACAAACUUUCCAACUCCAUGUGCUACCCUGGUAGUACCUACUUCUGUCUCUCAUGGUCAAAUCACAUCUCAGAGACAGCUAGAUGCUGUCAACCAAGCUUUGAUAAGCUCUCAAGGCACACCCAGCAUUGGUGAACAACAGUUGGAAGGAUUAAAUGCUGUUGGUUUAAGACAUUUCUCCACAAUGUCUAACAUGUCCCAAAAUCACACAGUAACCAAUUGCAAUGUGUCUAAUGUCAGUAGUCUUGCCAUUGUGUUACCACCAGACAAAGCUGCAAGAAAAGGAGUGUCUAGUCUUCAGCCAAGUAAUUUGACUAAAUCAUUCAAUGUGAUGGGAGUCCUAGAAGGGCUCAGCAAAGGAGGGACAUUGUUGGACCCAAACCCUCGGUUUCAGAAUGGUUCUUGUACUAAAUCAGGUCUUAUUACUUCUACUGAUCCUAUGUUUACAUCUGUGGCAGUUACCUCUAGAUGUUCUUCUCCAGCUUCUCUUGGUUCAGUAAUAACAACAAGAUCUGGCACCUCUUCCACUGAAGGAUCAGGGAGGAUUAAGGCUAAUCUCUCAGAUACUAAAGUUUCUCAUCAGACUCUAGUUGAGCUUCUCACCAGAGCUCCAACCUCUCAUGGAGGAGGUAAUAGUGGUGGAGCAGGCAUGUCCCUUAUGUGUCUGCCUGAUUCUCGACCUCCCCACACUAGUGAUGUACUAUUGUCAGAGCUUCAUCGUAGUGAUGAAAGUGACCUAAGUCUUGGUGCUACGCUGUCCUCCACCACAGGUGAGGAAAUCCACAAUGCAAGCAGCCUGGCAACAGACGCUUCACUUGUCACUGGCAUGGGAGGGGAUUCUGCUCCUUUGCAAGAACUACCUUCCCCUCCCCUCUCCAGUUUCAAUUUGCCAAAUAUAGCAGGAGACUUUAUGGUUAAUGAAGUGUCUGGAAGUAAGAACUGUCAUCCAAGUCAGGUACAGCUCUCUGCACUUCUCUCAAACCUCCCCACAACUGACUUUGACAGAUUUCUUGAUAACUCAAACACAAGUAUGUGCAUAGACAUAAGUCUAUCAGACUCUGAAGUUUCACUUAAUGCUGAAUCUUCUUUUACCUACUCUCCAGGCAAAUCACAUGUCCAUAAAAAAUCACUAUCAACUACAGCUUCAGAGCUAACUUUUACCAGUGCCCUUAAAGCUGUCACUACAAAAUCUGGUAGUGAGGAAGGAAAGCUACCCUCAGAUCAUGAAUCUCCCUGUAAAUUACUGAACCAUGAACAGCAACUUGCUUCAGAACAAGAGCCAGCCAAGUCUCUUAAGGUUAAUUCAGUGUUAGAUAGUUCAGACUGUUUCCCAACCCAAGAAAGCCUGAAUCAAAUAGAAAAAACAGAAACACCCGCAGUUAACAUUUCAAAAACAAAUAUGAAAAUACAUAACAAGUCUCAAAGCCAAAAAGGAAAGAGGAAAGAAGUACUUCGAAAAAACGAACUUUUAGUACAGCAGGUGGCAUGUUAUAAGUGUCGUUUGUGUUCCUUUCUGAAUCAAGAUAAAAAUGAGAUGGUUAUUCAUAUGAGAGAACAUCACAGGCAGUACUAUUCUGAUACUGAGGAAUCUGAGGAUGAAGUUGGGCAAAGGGCAAAUUCUAAGAAAGUUAAGAUACUGAUGCCCCAGAAUGCAUGUGAGCAACCCGAAGGUACAAGUAGUGGCAAUGAUGACAAAAGAUCUGUCAGAAUUAUCAGGGAGAACAAUAAAAAAAAAAAUACAUCCCUAGAGUCUGCUAAAGAAAGAAGCCAUCCGAUGAAGGAAGAAAAUGAAGAUGUAUCAGGAAAGGUGGGUAUGCAUAUCAAAAGUGAACCAAGAGAUGUGGGUGAAUUUGAAGGUUGCCUUAUUGACGAGGAGGAAGAAGAAAGUGCAGGACUAACCAUUGAACUUGGUGAAAGUGUUGGGAAUAAUACAGGUAGUGAGCAGGAAUAUGCAGAGGAAGAUGAUACUAAUGAAAGCAUUGUAACCAGUGAGAGUGCCAUCACAACUACAAAAGUUAGUGGAAUACAAGCCAGCCAAUAUCUAGGUUCAAAAAACAAGGUAGGCAUCAAGAAGAAAAAUGCCAAAAAAUCAGUGGAUGACACAGCUUGUAUUCGCUGUGAUGUUAAUGGGUGUGGUGUGCGUAUGAAGAGUGAAACGAACAUAAUCUAUCAUCGCAAAUGCCAUGUCAACUCUAUGCUGCAGUGCCAAGAGUGCCUUUCUACCAAGUUUCAAGGUUGGCGAGAUUUAGCACUUCAUCUAUGGAGACAUCAUCUCAUUGACAUGGAGCUUCAUAAGUGUGACAAAUGUGACUACAAAUCCUACAGCUACAGCAAACUGAUGAAUGUUCACCAUAAGAUUCACAGUGAUGAGCGCCCAUCUCUUUGUGAUAUUUGUGGUAAACGCUUUAAAACACCAAAGCAGCUUCGUAACCAUAAGGUAAGAGUUACAUUCAUGCAGUUUACCCAACUGUCCAUUUCCGUUUUUCUUUAUCUUUUCAUAUCAUAAAUGAUUAUGAUGUAACCAUUUCA